AUGACGUCUUUUGUACGACGACGAUCGCUGCUGCUGCUGCUACUUCUGCUGCUUUGGACGCAAGCCGCAGACGCGUCGACGGCCAGAAGUCCGUUACGGGACGUGUUCAUGCCGCCGCCCGCACGUGCGCACUGCCGCGUGUUUGUCGUCGCAGCGAGAACGCACACGCGCGUGCUGGUUCUGCAGAACGCGUACGAGCAGGACGCGAUCAAUGUGUACGACCACGUGCCGGUCGUGUCGUCGAUCUUACAGGGAACACUCGAGCACAAUUCGAGCAACGUGCAGAUGGACGAGAAAAAGGCCACGACCCAAGCGUUUCAGAUCUUGCGGCCGGCAAUGGAUCUUGCUGCUGAGUGGCUGAAAAGCCGCGACGACCCGCGCCGGUGUUUCGCCCACUUUCUUGUCGCGGAUUCCGAAGUGCCAGCUGGUUUUCCAGCACCCGACGACACGACGACCGCAGCGUCACGUGUGACGAGGCGUCUUGAGCAACUCAGGGACAUGGCGUGGCACGACCGUGACUUUCCGUUUGCUGUGGACGAAAGACGCCAAGAAGACGACGACAGCGUCCCGUCGAGUGGGAUAGUGUCAGCUGCGUGGCGUCUCUAUUUCCACGUGGUUGGGAUCAACUACUUCUCCGAGCGCGUGGCGCCAUCACUCAGUCCUGGCCAAGUUGAAGUGUUUGGACUGGUGCACGUGGAUGCAGGGGGACACGCUGGACAGUCUCGGUUCGAGUCGGACGCGAAUGCUGCUGCAGUGGUCUUCGAUGUGCGUGAACGAUGGCGACGCGGCAAACGACAGCGCCAGACAAACGUCGUGCUGAACUCUAGUGACUUUUACGGCUACGAGUAUGCUGGGUUUGGACGCCAGCAGGUGCAGCAGGCGGUAGUCAAGCUGAAGCACGCGAAGAACAACAGUGCCGACGCUGUGCAACAUCCGUGCUUCUUUCGAGGUCACACAUUGGUCGUGGAAGAUGUGAACGUGACUGUGGAAGGCGCGGGGGAUGCCGAUGAGUGCAUGACACUGCUCCGGUCGCAUAUUGCCGCGAGCAAUGUAGAUUGUCCACCUGAGAGUUUCUGCUUUUUAGGAGGCGUGCCCCAACCACAAAAGUCUGGGUCCUUUUACGCGUCAGGAGUGCUACAACGAGCGGUGCUUCGUGCAAAUCGCGUGUUGGAGCACGUGAGCAAUACACACAACGAGGAUGAUGUGAGCCCGCUGAUGUUACCGGCCCCGUCGCUCCUGGCGCUUCGACAUGCUGCCAAGACUCUGUGUGAGCUGCCGUUUGAAGACGCAGCAGCCGGGAUGGUACGUCCACAUUCAACUGCGCUAGAGGCGGCAUCUCUAGCCGUUGUUAUGGAAAAGACGAUUGAGCCGCCUAGUGCUCUAUGCUUCGACUUGAGCUACACGGUGGUACUACUCGAGCAGAUUGGUGUCCAGGAUUAUGAUGAGCGCGUCCACUUUGUUGACAGCUUCCGAAGGCAACCGAUGGAACACGGAUCGGUGCCGGAUGAAGCUCACAGCAGUUCGUUUGAACUGGUGGCAUGGCUGACAGGUACCUUUUUAUACCUAGAGGCGCUUCAGCGCAGAGUAACAUUCUCUCUCGAGUCGGAGUUGUUAGCGGAGCAGCUCAGCGCUGGGCUUCCCCUCGGCUGGAAUCUAAGUAUGCUGGUGUUUCUCGCAGCAUGCAUCUACUUGUACCUUACAACCGGGCGCCUAGCGGUCUCUGGACGAGCUAGAAGGGGCUCAAGUGGCUACCAUCGUGUCGUGAAUGGAGGGGCCAAGGCAAAGUACGAGGACAUGACACGAUCGAUCACGUUUGUAGACGAUGCUCGAGAUUGA